CCCUGAGCAGCACUGAACUGAACUGGAUAACGUCUCCUUCAACCCGCAGCACAGACUCAUUUCUCCACACACCAGCUCUGAGUGGAUGCUCAGAAGGGGUGUUUGAGAUAUUAGCGCGCGCUGUGGGGGAACGGCUCAGGGACUCAGGUACCAUCCACACACAACGAGCCGGCAGUCGGGAGGAAUAUGGGCAAAUCCGAAAGUCAAAUGGAUAUCAUGGAGAAAUCAAGUAAACCUGGAAAGCGUCGUUGGACUGUUGCAGAAAUCAGUCUGUCCGUGCUGCUGCUGUUGGUCAGCUGUGCCUUGGCCGGGCUGGUAGUCCUCUACACAUCAGUUGUAAAAGAACAAUCUAACAGGCCCAGUGUGUCAAAGAGCUCCACACGAGAGGGCCAGCUGUUUCGCUCCAACCUCAACAAUGUGUGCACGACUUCGGACUGUGUCACUGCAGCGGCUCGGCUCUUGCAGAACAUGGAUAAGUCCGUGAAGCCUUGCGAUAACUUCUACCAGUACGCCUGCGGGGGUUGGCUGGAGCGCCAUGUCAUCCCGGAGACCAGCUCCCGUCACAGUGUCUUUGACAUUCUGAGGGACAAGCUGGAGAUUGUCCUCAAAGGUGUGCUGGAGACGGAGAAUGUACAGGACAGGGAUGCCAUCAGAAAGGCCAAAAUCCUUUACAGCUCCUGCCUGAACGACAGCCUCAUAGAGCAGCGUGACUCCCAGCCCCUCCUGAAGCUCAUGGAGAGUAUCGGAGGCUGGCCUGUGGCGUCAGACGACUGGAACACCACGACAGAGGACGCGUGGAGCCUCGAGGACACACUGGCCACACUCACUGCCCGUUUCCACAAGAAAGUUUUGCUGGACAUGUACGUGUGGACGGAUGACCGCGACUCUCGGAGUCAUGUUAUUUACAUUGACCAACCGGGACUGGGAAUGCCAUCAAGAGACUAUUACUUCAAUGAUGGAAACUACAAGAAGGUUCGAGAGGCCUACCUACACUUCAUGUUCUCUAUCGCCAAGAUAACCCGAGAGGACAAGAACUUGACACAGGAUGACGACCGAGUGUGGGAGGAAAUGAUGCAAGUGCUGGAGCUGGAGACAGACAUCGCCAAUGCCACAUCACCAGCCGAGGAGCGGCAAGAUGUCACUGUUCUCUACAACAAGAUGACACUUGGUGAACUUCAGAGCACAUUCAGCUUAAAUGGUUUUAAUUGGACACAGUUCAUCCAAGGUGUGCUGUCGAGUGUGUCUAUCGAUGUCCGGCUGGAAGAGGAGGUGGUGGUGUACAGCUCUCCCUACCUUGAGAAGAUGAAUGACGUUCUCACCAGACACAGUGUCAGAACUCUGCAGAACUACCUCACCUGGCAGCUCAUCAUCGACAGAGUUAAUAGCCUGAGCCGCCGCUUCAAAGACGCCAGAGCUCGCUACAGGAAGACUCUCUACGGGACCACCGUGGAGGAUGCCUGGUGGCGAGAAUGUGUCCGUUACGUGCAGAGCAGCAUGGAGAACGCAGUUGGAGCUCUGUACGUGCGUGAGACCUUUGCUGGAGAAAGUAAACGAAUGGUCAGUGACCUCAUCAGGAAGAUCCAGAAAGCCUACGUGGAAACACUGGAGGAGUUGAGCUGGAUGGACACUCCCUCAAAAGAGAAAGCGAGAGAGAAGGCAAUGGCAAUCAAGGAGCACAUUGGUUAUCCAGAUCAUAUUCUGCAGGAGAGCGACCUGAAACUCGACCAGGAGUAUUCUCAUCUAAACUUUAGCGAGGAACACUACUUUGAGAACAUACUGGAGAACCUCAAGUCGGAAGCACAGAAGAGUCUGAAGAAGCUCAGAGAACCAGUUGAUCCUGACUUGUGGAUCAUUGGUGCUGCGGUGGUGAACGCGUUCUACUCGCCCAACAGGAACCAGAUAGUGUUUCCUGCAGGGAUCCUGCAGCCGCCUUUCUUCAGUAAACACCAGCACCAGGCUCUGAACUUUGGUGGAAUAGGAAUGGUUAUCGGACACGAGGUCACGCAUGGAUUUGAUGACAACGGUCGUAAUUUCGACAAGGAUGGCAAUAUGCUAAACUGGUGGAGUAAUUACUCGGCUGAGCAUUUUAAAGAGCAGUCGCAGUGCAUGGUGCAACAGUACGGCAACUUCAACUGGAAGCUUGCGGGCGGACAGAACGUGAGUGGAAUCAGCACUUUAGGGGAGAACAUUGCAGACAACGGAGGCGUUCGUCAAGCAUAUAAGGCUUAUCUGAAGUGGGUGGAGAUGGAGGGCCAGGAGCCUUGUCUACCUGGUCUAGAUUUGGAUCACAAGCAGCUUUUCUUUCUCAACUUCGCCCAAGUGUGGUGUGGUGCUUAUCGGCCUGAGUAUGCCAGCCAGUCCAUCAAGACGGACUCACACAGUCCCUUAGAAUACAGGGUGCUUGGAUCUCUCCAGAAUUUCGAAGCGUUCUCAGAAGCGUUCCAGUGCCCAAAGGGCAGCACCAUGAACCCUGAGCUGAAAUGUCGCGUUUGGUGAAAGGUUUUACUCGUGGGAUAUUUGGUUUUCGUGACGACUUAUAAUCGAAAGAACAAGUUUUACUUUUUAAACCCACAGAGACAUUCUGCUUAAGAUAUAUUCUAGUUUAUUUGGGGGAAGAGUGAUGAGACAAAUAUUUGGAUAUACCGUAGAUGUUUGUAAAAAUGGGUGAGGUCCUGGACUACACCCUCGUCGCAAAACUUGAAGAAUUUUGUGUAUUGUAAAAGAAAAAGACACUUGCUCAAGUAUGUUAUCAAGUUUGAAGUGUUGUCUCUGGGUGAGUAGGUAACUUGUUCUUAUUGUUGCUGUGGCCCAAGACAGAUUGGGUACAUGAAUGAAAAGGCUACAUAAAAAAACAAAACAUAACAUAACUUUGUGAAAGGGUUUAAACUUAUGGCUGACUUUAAAUGCUUCGCCCUUUCUUGAAUUAACCCUUCUCCUUCAGAUCUUUGUGAUUCAUCCACUAACACUCGACACUGAGCUGCCUUGGUGUCUUUCCUCUGAUGUUUUGUUCUAAGACAUUGUGCCGCUUCAGAAAGAAAUACAGUGAACUGAUCCAACUUGCAGACCGAUCGACAGCAGAGCAAGUCGGAAAUAAACGAAAGCUCGUGAAAAGCUACAACAGAAUUAGUCACGCUCCGAGAGUUUGGUUAUUCACCGUUACAUGAAACAAAUUACCUUAAGACUUUAAGACUGUUAAAUCUUUGCAGCUUUAACCUUAAAAUUAACAUUGCGAGAGCGCUGCGGCUUUCAACACUUUUACACAUACAGAGUGGAUAGAUAUUUAAAAAUGUAAGAUAGACGUUGAGUAACUUUGCAGUUUUGUCACGUUCUGCAAUUGAUUGCCCGGUCGUCACUGCAGAAGUGUAUAUGUACGUCAUGACAGUUUGCUGUAAGAAACCAUAUUCCAGGUGUUUUGAUACAUAUUGGUUAUUGGCUAUAGUGAGAGAAAACCCAGCAGUUGUUGGAGGUAGUCAUGUGAUAAUGAUGGAAAAUCCAUGUAUAUCACGUCUGUGUGUGUGUGUGUGUGUGUGUGUGUGUGUGUGUGUGUGUCUGUGUCUGUGUCUGUGUGUGUGUGUGUGUGUGUGUGUGUGUGUGUGUGUGUGUGUGUGUCUGUGUGUGUGUGUGUGGAUUCAAAAAUCAUGUAGAUGCAGGUGUGGGUUUACUGUAGGUUGCGGAUCACAGUUGUGUCCCCCCUCCGAAAUGUUCCUUCUGAGUUCAUCCAUAGUUACAUCAAAACUCACUUGUUAGACGGGACAUACUCACAAUUACUCAAAAUUAUAAUAUCUACUUGUGUGAUAUAUGUGUGUUACAUUUAAUGGCUGGUUUGUAAAAUAACUUGUCUUUUCUUUUUUACUGCACAUUCUCCUGAGAGGAGACUUGAACACGGUGAUUACUAGACUUUUAGCCUCGGGGCAUAUAGCCAAUUACAUGCUAAGGGGAAGGGAGAAGAAAGAAAAAACCCUCAGAUACACUCACGCAUGGACAGGCAGCUGAUGAAGUGGUUCGCCUUCUGAUCUCGCAUUGAUCAGUGUCGUCUAAGAUGAAAGGGAGAAGUGCAGUGUGCUGAAGCGUGGUGACCGCUGUGGCCCUGCGGGCGCGCAUGGUGAAGGAUGGAGCUCGUCAUUAAGAAAGAUGGCCAGGGCCAGGACUGUUAUUUUCUACCUUUAUUAACAAGUAAUGACGGGAGAAUUAAGGCCGACCAGAACUCAUAAGAUGAGGAUGGAUGUACUGGCUGUGAGAAGCCACCGGGUUUUUUUUUUUUGCUGAAAAGAGCUUUCAAACAGCAAAAAAAAAAAUUCACAGCCAAUUUGAAUGUUUUCUUCAUCGUCGGUCACAUUCAGAAUGCCUUGGUAAACUGAACACGACUGUUAGGUCUCAACGGAGGCUGAUGAACUGAAUGUGCAUAUUGAAGCUUUAUUUCCUCCGACUUCUGCUCAAUCUUCACAUAUUGGCAAAUAGUGUUGUGUUCAGCAGGGGUGAGGACACAGUGAAAGACUGUUUUAUUCACAGUGUAAGUGGAUGUAGUGUGCCGCCAUCUUAAGGACAAAGUUUCACAUUUUGGGAAACUGUUUACUUUCGAGAGUUAGAUGAGAACAUUGAUAGUGCUCUUAUACAGUAUUUAUCCCUUGAAUACAGUUUAGAUUUGGUUAAAGACUGAAAACGGCUACAAAAACUGAAGUGUAGUGUGAUAAUGCCUGACUAUUUCAUGCCUGGGACCAGUAAUUUGUUGAUUUUAAACUUGCAUUUCUGUACGGAUUACACAAACAAGAUGCAGCGUGUUAAUUAAAGAGGCUACAGACAACUUUUGUGCCCCUAGUGGUUGCAGCUGGUACUACUGUUUAGCCACUGUUGCAGGACGCGUGUACUUUUCCUCAGAGCUCCUGAGGAAGUUGUCAACUUUGGAGAUAUCACAGGAGAGGAAAGAAACAUGUGCACUGAAUCUCCUAUUUGAUUUUCUGCCUCCUAGCAUCAACUAGCGGCAGCGUUAAAAUCAUGGCUAAUUCAACGCCAGCAGCCCUGGCUACUGUCCGAAUCUUGAAUGCGUUGGAAGGCAGAUCUCAUUACCUCCAAGACAGACACAGGCUAGCCGUUUCCCUCUGUUUUCAGUCUUCGUGCUGAGCUAAGCUAACCAGCUGCCGACUGUAGCCUUUACAGGCAAUUUAAAUGACAGACACGAGAAGGAUUCUAAAUCCUUUCGUCACACUCUCCGCCAAGAGGCGCAUUUUCCUAAAAUGUCAAACUGCUCCUUUAAACAACAAGGCAGUUUUUAUAAUGUCUGAAGAAAUGCUGGAGGCCACAUGAUAAGCUACGAGGGUUCGGAGAGUAACACUUAUGUAGGCUCUUGUACAGUUGGUCUGAUUUUCCUCAAAUGAGUAAAACAGUUCAAAAUUGUGAACAAAAAAAAAACAUACAUAAUAUAAGAUGUGUUAUUGUAGAUAUGUUCUAUACAACAGUAUUAACAUAGCAAGCAAUCAAAUCAGGUAAGAUAGAAAGAUGACAUUUGUUUACUUACAUGAUGAAAUUGUGUGGUUGUGAAAUAAUUAGCCAAGUACAAUACAUUUUUUGUUAUAUAUAUAUAUAUAUACACAAACAUGUUUUCAUUUACAGUGUAUACCCAUCAGAGUUUAUUUAUCUACUGAAUAUUUAUGAAAUAGCAUUGUUGCUUUGCAAGAAAUCAGAUGUUAAAGAUGUUUUAUGAUUGUUCCUGCUGCUAUGUAAUUAUUUAGACUAACUGCUAUUUUUGUGACUCAGAUCUGUAAUUAUUGCCAUUAAAGUGAUUGUCUCAACUAUGACCCAA